UUGAACCUGUCCGAGCUCAGAGUCAGCUGUGCAGUUUCACAGUUUAUGUGAACUCUUAUUUAUUCAACAAAAUGUUUGAAUUAUAAAGAGAAGGGAAAACAUCUUACUCGUGUCGCUCUGUGGAAGAUGAGGAGGACUCUGGUUUGAAUCAACAGGGACUCGAUCGAAACAGAAAAAAAAAAGAAAAGAAACGAAAAAAAAACGUCGUUUCAGCUGCUUGAUCUCCUUUUUAUACAUUUUUAGAGCUAAUAAUUCAUCCGGACUCAGUCAAAAUGCAGCAGCCUGAAACUCAGCAGGGAACUCAGCAAACAGCGACAGAAGUACUGGACCCAACAGUUCAGUACCUGCGUCGGAGGAAAUCGGCUCUGUGGGUGACUGUGGCCCUGCUGGCUCUGGCUCUGGUGGUGCUGAGUAUAGGUCUGAUCUCUGCCACUCGCACAGACAAUGUGCCUGUUGCUGGAUAUUACCCCGGCAUCACCCUGAGUUUUGGAGCAUUUCUGGGUAUCGUUGGCAUCCACCUGGUGGAAAAUCGAAGACCCAUGCUUGUGGCAUCGAUCAUUUUCAUCAGUAUCGGAGUCAUCGCGUCUUUCUUCUGUGCCAUCGUGGACGGGGUUAUCGCUUCUGAGUUCAUUGACAUAAGGCCGUUGAAGGAGGACAUGUGUGACUAUUUCGUCAGUGGAACAGCCUACACCUACGACAGCUACUAUACUGAGAAAACAACUUAUCUGUCACUGCAGGUGACGUGCCGUUCAUUUGACAAAACAUGCACGAUGAAAAUGAGGAGCCACACCUGCUACUGCUGCUACCUGUACAACUGUGAGAGCAUAGACUACCAGACACAUUACUAUCUGUUCACCGGGGUCAGCAGCUGCUAUGAUGUGAUCCACCUGUACCGUCUGCUGUGGGCCUCAGUGGUACUCAACGUGAUUGCCUUGUUCCUGGGAAUCAUCACUGCCGCCAUCCUUGGAGCUUACAAAGAUAUACAAAAGCCGACCCUGCAGAUGGCUCCUAGCCCCGCGCCACCACCCCACAUCCUGUACAACCCAGCCCAGCACAUGCUCAGCUACCCUGCCUUUUGUCCUUCAGGACAGACUUUGCCCGCCUACCCCAACUAUCCAAUACCCAUGCAGCAUACCAGCAGCUAUCAGCCACAUGCUACUAACCAGAUGAUCCCCGAGGGAGGCCCUGGGCCCAACGGUGGUUCUGAAGAGAACCAGAACCAGCAGCCCUCUCAGGCUCCAAACCAGCCACAGCCUCAGGGAGUCACUCAGGAAACAGGGGAGUACAUGUUGACACCCAACGCUCCUGUCCUCUACGGAGCCACCUACAGCCCCUUUGAGAAACCUCCACCUUACGCCUGCUGAGCCCUCAGACAAACACAUGGGGGGGCAUGUUGGAGAAAUAUAUCUUGAUCUGGUGGGACUGAAUGUAGCACAAGACACUUCAUAGGUGACCUUGUAGACGGAAAAAACACUCAGUGGGCUUCACGACUUCUCUGUACUGAUGUAAAUGUUUCGUGCGGUCGCACUGAAGAGAGACAGACAGAUUUCUAGCUAUGUAGUGUGAUUAUAUAGACAUGAUUGAGUUAUUUCAUGUGUAUUUAUUAGACAAAAUGAUUUGGGAAAUACACUUUCUUGCCGAGAAUUAGAUGAGAAGACAACGCUCUCUUAGCACAGGACUGAAAACAAGGCUUAGCCUGGCUGCAUACAAACAAAACAAAAUCAGCCUACCAGCUGAAGUUCAUUUAUAAUGUUAAAUCUUGUUUUGCUUAAUUGGUACAAAAGUGAAAAAAUGACAAAUUAACAUCAGGAUGUUACUCCUCAUCUUACUCCCAGCAAGUGAAGUUUUCCUGAACUUCUUUAAACCUAAAGCUAUUGAUAUUACCUAUGAAUCUGUGCAUUACACUUGUGAUCUGAUAGUAUAGUGUGGAUUACAGAUUACAGGUCUUCCUGUGAAUUGUCUAACUAACUCCUGUACAGGCGAUUAAAAGGGCUUUCUUGAAAUGUGAACCGGAGAGUAAAUGAUGUUGCUGUUGUUUAAUUAUGUUUGUGUGAAUCAUUUAAUGUGCACUUUAGAGUCAGUAUACUGUAUAUAUUAUGGAUGAUGCAUGCAUGUAAACUGCUUUGGGAUAGGAUUCUGUAGCUGCUGCUAUGAACUACAUUAUGUAUUAAAGACGUGGUUAUAAGAAAUGCAGAUGCAUAUGAGUACAUGUGGAAUAAGGGCUUCAUCGAAAUCUUAGAUUUAUAGGAUAAGUUUGACGUUUUGGGAAAUGUGCUUUAUAUUAUAUUGCUUUAAUUACUCUGCAUGAGAAAACCAUACGGUAAAUACAAAGCUAAUGCAAACAGACUGAGUAGCUUAGCUCUUAUCUCUUUUAUUUCAUUUGUACACAAAUUGAUGUGCAUAAACUGUUUGUGCUGAGCUCAGUUACCCAUUUCUGGUGGCAGCUUAAUAUUUCUAAUCAAUCUAAUCAUCUCUCUGCAAGAAAUCAAAUAAGCGUGUUUCCCAAAGUGUCAAGCCUUUCCUUUUAAAAUCUCGUGUUUUAAAAUAUCACCAGUACUACUUGUUGUUCUCACUGUGUUGUUUCACCUCAAAAUGAAACUUUUAGAUAGAAAGAAAUUUCACAUUAUUCCUCUUUCUAAUAAAAAGUUGAA